UUCUAUAUAUCAGGGGAGAGCUUCACGGGACUCUACUCUGUUUUUUUUAAUUACUUCUUUAAUUUUUAUUCACAAUAUCAAAACAUACAAACACUUCGACACAAAUCAAAACCCGACAAAUCCAUAUUUCAUGUGCUCUGCCCUAAACCAGAGGUCCACAACCAAACCCACAAAUCUUGUCUUUUACCUCCUCUAUAGCUGUAUACCUUUUUCUUCUCCAAUUUCUCAUCUUUUUUCACCUCUUAAGGUCUCUCACAAACAUUCUCAGAGAAGCAGAGAGACACAUACAGUAACCAUGAAGGUCUCUCUGUUCACCGCCUUCACCGUUCUCUCACUCUGUUUACACACUUCAACAUCCGAGUUCCUAGAGCUUCAGCUGUCCACCAUAUCAGCUGCACCUUCGUUUUUGCCAGAAGCUCCAUCGAGUUUCUCAGCUUCUCCUCCGGCCAUAUCUCCAGAUACCUCUCCCCUGUUCCCAACUCCAGGUUCAAGGGAAAUGUCACCUUCCCCGUCAGAAUCUUCUAUCAUGCCAACAAUCCCCUCAAGCCUUAGUCCACCAAACCCAGAUGCUGUCUCUCAUGAUCCUCUGCUCGAAUUUUCUCCAGUUGGGUCACCUCUUCCUGCUUCUUCCUCUGUUUGUUUGGUCUCAUCACAACUCUCAUCUCUGCUUCUUGUCCUCCUCAUGUUGCUACUAGCUUUCUGCAGUAUCUUCUAGUAAGCAUAUAGAAACAGCGAGUAAGCACUCUUUUUCUUCUGCAAAAAAAAAAAAGAAAAAAGAAAAAGAUUCACAAUGUAUUCUUACUUUACUCUCUGUUUCUUCUGAAUUUUUUUCAUGUAAUAUUAAUAUAGUAUAGCUUCGUCGAGUGUUCGUGUGAGAUUUGCUCAUAAAGCAGUCUGCAGUUGGGGCUGGUGCGCAGUUGUUGUACUUUGUAACAGUGAUAGUGUAUGUGUUUUUUUGUGCCUCAAAGUCAAAAUUGAUUGAUCAUCA